AUGGUGGCCACCAGGAGAGGACUGCGCGUGUGCUCUCCAAAUAAAAAAAAUAUCGAGCAGUCCUCUGAUGUUCAGGCCACACCAUCCACGAGUAGGAGACCCACCACUCGGAGUGUUCGAGCAGAGACCAGCAGCCAGCUUGGAGAAGAAUUGAGUGACCCGCAGACCCCCCAGUCGAAAAAAUGCACCCGAGCCUCCAGACUUCACAGCCCAAAGCAGCCUUGCACCCCUACAGGCUCCACUCACGAAGCAGACGUGUCCGACCUGGAGUCGUGCUGCUCUGGCACAUCCGAUGCGCAGCUACCGGCGAGGCGCAACCGGGCGGCGGUGGAGUCAAAGAAUGUCCGGAGCGUGAGGAGAAGAGCUCUGGACAAGGAGGAAUCUAGUAGCUCUGUUGUGUCUGAUGCGGAAACCCCAGCGACGCAUGUCAGGAGGAGCAGAAGACUUGCCCUCACCUUAAGUUAUGCGGAAGAUGAUUUGUCUGAGGCGGAGUCCUGCUCUUCUCUGUCUGCACAGAAAAUUGACAAACGCACGAAGACCACGGACAAUCUCAAGGCCGACGACUCAGCUACAUCUCAAAAAGUCACCCAGAGUCAGAGAAAAAGCACCAGAUCCUCCGCCAAACCGCGACCGGACGAGUCUGAACCUUCUGACGCCGAGAGCUUGGCUUCCGAUGUCUCUGGAAACGCAAGGCGCAGAAGUGCCAGAUUCAGAAAGAAAGUGUCUCCUACUUGCUUGAACUUUGAUCAAGCCUCGGAAAGUUCUGCGACGCCGAGCACUAAAAGAACAACCCGGCGGACCGCUGCUGAGAAGUCUUGCGAAUCUGAGGGAUUUGAAUCCGGCACCGAAUACACCAUCAGUGUACGUCGAUUGACUCGUUCUUUGACUUCCAAGGCCGCUGAGUUGGACUCGGACUUGACGGACGGACAGUCUUCCCACGGGACGCCUUGUAGCAGUCGCGCCGGCUCGGGUAGCGCUAAACGGCGGCAAACCCCGCUGAUUUCUACGCCGCUAAUGAAGGAUCUCUGCAUUGUGCUGGAGAACUCCGCGGAAGUGAAGUCGCUGAACGACUCAAUGUUGGAUAGCACGGUGGUCGCUGAGGAUGCGGACUGCACAUUAAAGGAGGAAGAUGUAAGUGAAGAAAAGCAGAAAGCUGGUGUGAUGUCAAAUGAAGUCCUAAUGGGAGAUGAAGAAGAAGAAAAGGUUCCUGUUGUUGAAGCCGCACUUACGUCUACAAACCAGCAGAGUGAGCUGUCUUUAGAAAACAAGGAAGAGGACUCGUCAACAGUGGAAAAGAUGGAGGAGGAAACAGGGCCUUCAGCCUCAGGAGAGGUGUUACAAGAUGAGCGAGAAAAUGUUUCUACUACACGGGAGUACUUGGAAGUCGAGCAGGGGAAGCUCGAGGACGCAAAAGCUACCCAGGAUGUCAUCAUGGAAAGCAUCAAAGAGGAUGUGAGUGAGAGGAUGUCAGAAGAGGCCACAGCGCCGAUUGAUGAGGUGACACCCAUGGAUACGAAACCUGCCCAGGAGACGUCAAAUGUCACCCUAAUGGAGAGCAGAGAGGAUGAAGAUGACAUGGGAGAGAAACAAGAGCCUUCCACCAAGCCUGAGGAGACAAUGACGACAGCAUCUGUUGAUGAGCAGGUGACACCCAAGAAAUCUCAGUCUCAAUAUGUAAAAACUCGUAGGAAGGCUAAAAUAAUCAGCGUCAUGGACAGGAUCGAGGAUGAAGAUGACACAAGAGAGAAACAAGGGCCUUCCACCAAGCCUGAGGAGACAAUGACGACAGCAUCUGUAGAUGAGCAGGUGACACCCAAGAAAUCUCAGUCUCAAUAUGUAAAAACUCGUAGGAAGGCUAAAAUAAUCAGCGUCAUGGACAGGAUCGAGGAUGAAGAUGACACAAGAGAGAAACAAGGGCCUUCCACGAAGCCUGAGGAGGUUAUGAUGACAGCAUCAGUAGAUGAGCAGGUGACACCCGAGAAAUCCCAGUCUCAAGAUGUAAUACCUAGUAUGAAGGCUGAAAUGAUCAGCCUCAUGGACAGCAACGAGGAUGAAGAUGACAUGGGAGAGAAACAAGGCGAGGAUGAGGAUGAUGACGAUAAUGAUAUCUUGCAUAAAGACGAAGAAGAUACUGAAGAUAAACGAGGCCGCUACAAGAAGGCCAAAAAUGUGGAGGAGUCUGUCGAAGGCCUGUUCGUGGUCGAUACGCGACCAGGAGAGGAAGUCGAUGAAGAUUACUACACGGAGCGCCUGACGCGAGAGGAGGUCUUCGGAGACGAGGAAGACGAGGAGGAGUUUGUGGAUGAGGAGGCGGAUGAUGACGCCGAUGUUGACUGCGGGGAAUCGGCACUGCUUUUAUCAAGCAGGAAUCCUCUUCUCAAGGAGAUGUCCAGCCGCAUCGACCCGGGCAUCAACAUGAGACAGCUCGGGGGGUUGUACAUCACUUUCGACGGAAGCAAAUCAAAGACUGUCUCCAGUUCGGUGAACGAGCAGAAGGAGAAAACGGACCUGGAUGAGGUGAUGAAAAACAGCGUGAUGGUUUCUGACUUUGAGAAGAAAGACUCUGUCCCGCCAUACAGUGAAUCCAAACAAGCCUUGAAACAACAACGCAGAGUGGAGCGUGGAAAAACUACAGGAGAUUCUUGGUUCAACAUGAAAGCUCCUGAGCUCACCAAGGAGCUGACGGGAGACCUGAAAUUGCUGAAGAUGAGAGCCUCCAUGGAUCCCAAGAGGUUCUACAAGAAGAACGACCGAGACGGCUUCCCCAAGUACUUCCAGGUGGCCACUGUGGUGGACAACCCAGUCGACUUCUACCACUCCCGAAUUCCUAAGAAGCAGAGGAAGAGGACCAUGGUGGAAGAGCUGCUGGCUGACGCAGAGUUCAGAAGCAACAACAAGAAGAAGUACCACAGCAUUGUGGCUGAGAAAGCAGCUCAGGCCUCCGGCAAGCACAAAUACAAGACGAAUAAAUUUCACAAGAAAUCUGGGAAAGUCUCAAAGUGA